GUUCUACCGGACGCUGCGCUUCUUUGUUCUGUUCUGCGCGUCCCGUAGACUCUCCCUGGACUUUGCAGGUCUGCGACCCCAUGAUAUUCGUGUAGUAGUACAUGGUCUGAAGCGAUGCCUGGAGUCAACACCCAAACACUGUACGGCUGGGACAUGGAGCACUACUUUUACGACGAGAUGGACACCGAGGAGGACUUCUUUAAGUCUACGGCGCCGAGUGAGGAUAUAUGGAAGAAAUUCGAGCUGCUUCCCACCCCGCCCAUGUCGCCCUCAAGGACGCUGGAUGGGGACUGGUUAUUCCCGAUACCCGGGGACCGGCUUGGGUGGGCGCCGCCGAAGGUGUUAACGUGUGAUGAGGAGUAUGAGGGGCUUCACAAGUUCGACCCACUGGACAUUUUUGGGAAUCUGGGUUCAAUUGUUAUCAAAGACUGCAUGUGGAGUGGACUUUCCACGAGUCACCGGCUGGAGAAGGUUGCGCAUGGAGAGCGAGCACCGGUGGCCGCUCUGAUCCAGAACUCGACCGCACAGAAAGCUGCCCGUGCCGCAUCGGGCACGCCCGUGACAGGGAGCCAGGCGGCACAGUGCGUAAGCCCCGCCGCAGUCCUGGAGCUCCCCGUCCCGCAUAAGAAAGUGGCUGCUGGCUCCUCCGGUUCAGAGUGUCGCUCAGAUUCAUCCGAUGACGAUGAGGAUGAUGAUGAGAUUGAUGUUGUGACUGUGGACAACCGGCCCAAACGUGGCCGUCCUCCGAGUCGCCGGACGCCGGUUACCAUUACAGUCAGUGCUGAUCCAUUUGGACCAUGUCCCAAACGCUUCCACGUUUCUCUACAUCGGCAACAACACAACUAUGCCGCUCCUUCCCCUGACACGGACCCUGAGGAUGACUUCGAGAUUGAGCCUGUAAGCAAACGACCGCGUCUGGAGUCUUCAUCUGCUCCCUCGUCUCCACUUUCCUCACCCGCCACUUCAGACUCUGAGGACUCCACUGAGCAGCGGCGCAACUUCUUGGAGAGAAAGCGGAGAGAUGACCUUCGCUCCAGGUUUCAGGCGCUCCGUGAGGAGAUUCCUGGUCUGUCCGGAUCAUCAAAGACCUCGAAGGUGGCGAUUUUGACGCAGGCAACUGAUUACUUACUUCAGUUGCACUCAUCUCAGCGGCGCCAAGCUCAGGAGAAGAGAAAACUCAAAGCCAAACAGCAGCAGCUUCUCCGCAGGAUCAGUGCGCUGCAGAACUCUUGAAAAACAUCCAGUUUAACUUGGCUAAUCUUAUAUUUCCAAAGCUCAUUACAUGGACAAGGAAACUUGUUUGUCAUUCGCAGAAAUGACACUUGAAACACUGCAGGGAGAUCUUUAAAAAAUCGCAUUCAUUUCUGGCCUUCUUGUGAGGAUCUGUGUGUUUGUGUGCGCGCGCGUGUUAUUCUGUAGACUUGAAAACAUGAAUUUUUGUAUGAGAUGAUGACAAAUGUGCACAUGCAAUGCCUUUAUAAACCUCAGUGGACAGCGGCGAUACAGAGGAAGCUGUAAUAUUGACAAAUUUACCUCCAUAGAAAGAAGGGUGGGUGGUGUUUGUAUGCAUGUUGGGUGUGUAGGGGUGCGUGAGGGGAGCAUGGUGUUUGAACACAUGUAAAAAGUCUGAAGUGUCUUGUUCAUAAUUUGAUCUGUACAAAAUGUGAUGUAAAUACUGUAUUCAGAGGACUUCAUCCUCCUGUAUCUACUCGACUGCACAGAGAUUCUAUUUUGGUAAAGAAUAAAGCAUCUAAAAUGACUGGA